AUGGAUGUACUGAUGAGAGGGUUCAGCAUGGCUAAGGAGGGGGUGGUGGCCGCAGCAGAGAAGACCAAGGCUGGGGUGGAGGGGGCAGCUGCCAAGACCAAGGAGGGGGUCAUGUAUGUAGGUAAGUGUGUGUGUGUGUGUGUGUGUGUGUGUGUGUGUGUGUGUGUGUGUGUGUGUGUGUGUGUGUGUGUGUGUGUGUGUGUGUGUGUGUGUGUGUGUGUGUGUGUGUGUGUGUGUGUGUGUGUGUGUGUGUGUGUGUGUGUGUGUGUGUGUGUGUGUGUGUGUGUGUGUGUGUGUGUGUGUGUGUGUGUGGUAAAAGGGUCCCGUGGGUGCACCAGUCUGGGACAGUUACAGUGUGAAGUGAGAAGCAGGGGAGGGGGUUGCCAAGGAGCAAAGGCAGAAUACUGCAGAACUGGUGCAGAGAGAGAGAGAGGGAGAGCGAGGAGGAGGAGAAGAGGAGAGGAGGGAAGAAAGAGAGAGAAGGGGUGUGGUGGAGACAAAGAUGGAGGAAAGAAUAGAGAGACAGAGAGGAAGACAUUGAGUGAAGAAUCAGAGAGAGAGGAGGAUAGAGAGCAUAGACUGUGUGUACAUUUCUAUGAAUAGAAAUGAAUUAUCAGAGAGUGAUGAGCGAAAAAGAAGAGUAAGAACGAGUGGAUGAGAAAGGAUGCGAGGAAGAGAGAAAAUGGGAGGGAACUAGACGAGAGGAGCGGAGAGAGGGAAAGACGUAGUGUGACAUUGGGGGAUAGUGUGGUGGCACUGCAGCAGUUCAUAAGAGCGCUAUAAUAUGUUAAAAUCUACAUAAGACCAUGCCAAGGUUGCUACCACCAGCUCAUUAGAUAGGGUCCAAUACUGUGAGAGGGGAUUCUGUGAGGGGAUUCACCAGUGUGUGUGUGUGAGUGUGUUUGUGCGUUAGAGCUCAAGGUUAGCCUGUGUGAGGGCCAAAGGGUUUGGGGUAGGAACAGGGUACACACGCUAGCUAGCACGCACGCACGCACGCACGCACCCACGCACGCACGCACGCACGCACGCACGCACGCACGCACGCACGCACGCACGCACGCACGCACACACACACACACACACACACACACACACACACACACACACACAGGCUUGUGUACAGUGAGCUGCCAUCUCUGACCCCUCAAUCUGACAGCUACAGCUAACACUGCAGAAUAACAUGACGGACAGAAAAACGUGAUGCACCUGAUGGAACGUGCAUGUGUUUUUUUGUAUUAUUUGUGAGUGGCUGGGGGGCGUGGCAUCGGGGACAUGGAUCAGCUGAGCACUGCAGCAAUCCUCUCUCCUCGCCCCCGUGUGUGGUGUGUGGUGUGUAUGCGCAUGCGUGUGUGUGUGUCCUCACGUGCUGCUGGCUAGUGUGUGACUGUUGAUGACUAACUACCUUCCUCCCCCUUCAGAGUAUAUGACCCUUUACAACCAGGGAACAGAGAGAGUGAUGUGUGUGUGUGUUAGCCAAUUAAAGAGGGGGGGGGGGGGCAAUCUUUAUUGGCUCAAUUCAACAUUCAUACAUAGCCAAAUCAAUGCCAUUUAAAAAGGGAAAGGGAGAGGGAUUUGGAUGAGAAGUAGGAAAAGAGGGGAGAGAGAGGAGGCGAGAAGGAGAGAGGAGAGUAGAAGAGAGAGAGAUACGAGAGAAGGGGGGGAGGGAGAGCGAGAGAGAGGGGAGAGAGAGGGAGGGAGGAGAGAGAGAGAGAGGGAGGUUUUGAAGAGAGAGGACGGAGGAGGAGGAGACAGAGGGAGAAAAAGAGAGAGGGAAGAGAGAGGGGAGAAAGGGAGAGAGAGGGAGAGAGAGGGGAGUCAAGAGAGUUAGGUGAUGGUUAAAUGAUAAAAAAGAGGGAGAGGUAAAGCCGGGAGUGGGGGAUAGAGGGGGGAAAAUGGGAUAAGGGUUAGAUAAGAAGAGGGGAAAGAAAGAGAGGGAUAGAGGGAGUGAAGAUAGAGGGAGAAAGAGAGGGGAAAGGAGAGAAGUGAGGGGAGGAGCUGAAAAGAGGGAAAAGGGGAGAGAGAGAGAGGGGGGAGAGAGCGAGAGGGAGAGAGAGAGAGGAGAGGAGAGAGAGAGAGAGAGAGAGAGAGAGGAGAGAGAGAGAGAGAGAGAGAGAGAGAGAGGAGAGAGAGAGAGAGAGAGAGAGAGAGAGAGAGAAAGAGAGAGAGAGAGAGAGAGACAGAGACAUAGACAGAGACAGAGACAGAGAGAAAGAGAGAUAUGCAUUCAGUGACUUGUAGAGGCUCAAUGUUCCUGAUCACCUACUGUAUCUAAUCUAUCAACUGAGACUGCAGACGUCAGCAGAGUGUGUGUGUGUAUGUAUGUGUGUGUGUGUUAGCCAAUUUAAGGAGCAGAGACGAUCCAAUCAAAACAAAUAAUGUAUGGAUUAUUACUUCUAUCUCAAAAUGCAAUGCAGAAUGCACCUCCUCUCUGACAAGGUCAUCCACUCAGCGCUUACUGGAGCAUAAGUCUGCGUAUAUUUGUGUGUGUGUGUGUGUGGGUGGUUGUGUGUGUGAGUGUGUAUGCGUGUGUGCGUGUUCUGUCCCAUGGAGCGUAUGGCUAUUUCACAGGUCAUUGGCUGCAGAGGAGCUCUCUCUCAGGGGUCAACCCUGCUGCUAAACCCUACAGCUAGAACACUGUAUUGGUCCUUGGGCUGGAUAGUGUUGACAGACAGACAGACAGGUCCUACGCACAAGCACACGCACACACAGUCGGAUAUGAUAGAUAGAGGCCGUACCCAGGAGGGGUGCUCCUCUGACUCAGAGAAGGAAGCCGUGUCAUAGCCACGCUGCAAUGGGUGUGUGUGUGCGAGGAUGUGUAUUGGUGUAUGUCUGCUGCAGUACUGCGCAGCUUGGCACGUGGCUCACAGACUACGAGGAGCGUGCAGAGAGAGAGAAAGAGAGAGAAAUAGACAGAGGUGGAACGAGAGAGAGAAAAAAUAAGAGAGAAACGGAGGAUGAAGCAAGGCAUCUGCAGUUCUGAGAGUGUGGAGGAGAGAGAGGGGGGUGACAAGAGAGAGAGAUAGAGAGAUAAAGUGAGAGUAUGCAUCUCCAAUGAACUGUGUGCUAUGGAAUAUUUGUAUGUGAAAGAGAUAUAUCAUUAUUCUGGUUUUGUGCUGGAUUUGCUCAUGCAUCAUCCCUGUAGGCUCUCUUUCUCUCUAUACCCCCUCCCUCUAUCUCUUUUUCUCUCUAUCCCUCCUUUUCCCUUUCCCUCUAUCCAGCUGGUUGCAUAACUACUAUUUAAUCAGCCUAGGAUCCUUUCAUACUGUAGCAUCACAGAGAGGAGAGAGAGAGAGAGAGAGAGAGAGAGAGAGAGAGAGAGAUGGUUAGAGAGAGAGAGAGAGAUGUACAGAGAAACACUGUUAUUAUGGAGGAGAGGAAUUAUAAGAUAAUAUCAUCCAUUUGGAUUUUACAGUGAGUGACAUACAGUAUGCUGCUGAAUUCUACACUGCCACCUGCAGUGCUCUCCCUGCUACUAAAACCUCACCAACGAAAUAUAAUACUAAAAGGUUACAACAGAUCUCUGUUUGCUGCACUCAUUAAUUAACACAGUACUUCUUAGGCUGUGUUUGCAUAAUAAAUCACAAAACUGAUCCCUGAUCAUAUUUCAUGGCUUCCAUUGCAAUGUGAUUAUAAUAUAUUGAUCUGUUGACAUGUUGUAAUGUCUCUCCUGUCCUCAGGUUCAAAGACAAAGGAGGGAAUGGACGCAGGAGUAAACAAAGGUAAGACACACACACACGCACAUUCUUGUGGGAUCUGAUUUAUUUAUUUAUUUAUUAACUGAUUGGUUGAUUGAUCUCUGUGUGUCAGUUGCUAACCGCGACCAGGCAAACAUCGUCGGAGACCCCACUGCUGCCGGAGCUGACCUCUCGCAGGGUGGCAUGGAGAACACCGGACAGGCGGUGAGUUACCAUGACAACAGAUGAAAGAAUGAUUGAUCAAUUAGUGACUGACAGGUCAAUGUGAACAAGAAUAUACAUGUGAUCAAUAACUGGUAAGGAAUGACAGAUUAGGAUCAUUGACAUAAUAAUAACUAGACACCAAACUUGACAUUAUCAAUCAGGUAGCCCCUUCUGGCCUCACGAGACUAUCAAUCAGGUGACACAGCACCCUUUUGAAAUGAUUACAACAGAAUGAGAAAUACAACAAGGUCGAGCAACAACAUGAUUGCAGCAUCAACAAGCAUAACAGUGUCUAAAUCCUUCAGUCGGGCUCAGACAGUAGUGCCAUGCUGACGCCAUAAGAGCAGUCUGCUGCUUGACCACAUGGUGGAGCUAUUUAUUACAGUACAGCUGCACAGACAGGGGAAUGACAGCUCCUCUAAAAGCCAGUGGUUCAGAGGUCCAGGCAGAUUAGGUUUGAUGGUAGGCCUAUAACUCACUCCACAUUCCCAAUAUGAAGAGGUCUGUAUUUGGCUGUUGUGUUGUGAAUCGUGUGUGUGCUGGUGUGUUUUACUUUGUGUGUUGGCAUCGUUCUGUGUGUGGCAGCCAGGUUCGAUUUCUUACUGUUGUGAUCCUGCUAUGCUGUUGUGUUGCUAUGCCAUUGUAUGUGCUGAGAGUGUUGCGAUUGUGUGUUGAUAUAUUUUUUUGUGUGUUGAUAUAGUUUCUAUUUUGUGUGCUUAUGUUGCAAUUGUGGCAGUGUUGUGUUGGUGUUGUGCUGACGUUGUGUUGCUAACCCUUUGUUGUUGUUGUUGUUGUGUUUGUUUCCUCUAUGUUCCGUUGGUAGGAGGAGCCUCAGCCUGUAUACGAGGUGCCUAUUGGGCAGGAGAGAGAAGGGGGGUUCAGAGGUUAUAGGUUAUGGUGGGGUGGCUGACUAGGGAAUGCUGCAUGAUUCAGCCUAACAUGUAUAAUCCCUAAGUGCAUAUAUCAUUCCUAAGUGGGCUUUCAAACACUGAUUGCCUAGCGUGCUAUUAGGACCUGGGGUUACAUUCUAAACCUGUUUCAACCCUCUCCUAACCCUAUCCAUAACCAUCUGUAACUGUGCUCUACUUCAGCUAGGUGUAAUAUAGAUAAUAACUUAGGGUGCCUCUCUGCAUCUCUGGUGUAGCAUAUAGCAUGCACUUACUCUGAAUGGAUCACUCUGGUUUAAGGUGCUCAGUAAAAAGUGUAACAGAGUUUGUUCCUGUACCGUGCUAACCGCUGCCUACAAAAAUAAUGGCUUUGGUUUGUUGGGGCAACACUACUUCAGGUCUCAAGGAGGGUGACAUCACAUCCAUUCUGCUAGCUAUGGACGUGCUAACAUCCGCCUCAUUAGACACUUCAGCCCAGAGACUGGGACUGAGUGGCCCUGUAUCAUACUUAACCCUGUCAUAAGCAUGACAUAAGGGAUAAUAUGCUUGAUGUAGCUGUAACCUGCUGGGUUUGAAGCCAGGGCGUCUGCACACCGCACGAUUGCACUAGUCCAAUGAGCUAAACCCUAGGCACCAGGUCUAGGAGCCAACACAAGUCUUCAGGUCUCAGGCAAGGUUACUCAUCACAUGAACAUGGUUCACUGCUUGAUACCCUAGACCUCUCAUGUCAUCAUACCUUAAUGUUCUUCCUUCCCUACUCUUAUGUAAACUAUCUCUCUCUGUAGGCGGAAUAUGGAGGAAUGGAGCAGGGAGGAGAAGGAGAG